UGAGACGGCAACAGUUCAGUCUCACGCAUCGGCUCGUCAACCACCUGGGCCAGUAGUGCUUCAGAGAGCGCUGAGAAGCGACUUAUUUGUCGUGAGUGAGAAUCCCAAGUUGGGAUGCAGUGUUACUUACUUGACCGGUCUUGUGACAAAGAUGCUGUUGGAUACUAUUGUUAACUGAAGGAUACCUAAACCAAAUACAGUGAAUUGGAUAAUACUCAAGUUUAGUGAUUAUUGGGAAGAGGAAUGAAAAUGCUAGUUCCUUCCGAUAUGAUUGCCGCUCAGUCGAAAAUGGUGUAUCAGAUGAAUAAGUACUGCACGGACAGAGUGCAGGUGCGUAAGGCUCAAAUCCAUAAGACCAUUCAGGAAGUGUGCCGAAUUGUCCAGGAUGUCCUUAAGGAGGUGGAAGUGCAGGAGCCGCGCUUCAUAUCCUCCCUCAAUGACUACAAUGGCCGUUAUGAUGGCUUAGAGGUCAUAUCACCGACGGAAUUUGAAAUAAUCAUAUACCUCAAUCAAAUGGGUGUCCUGAAUUUUGUGGAUGACGGUACACUUCCGGGAUGUGCAGUGCUCAAAUUGAGCGACGGCCGCAAGCGAUCCAUGUCACUCUGGGUGGAAUUUAUCACAGCUUCGGGCUAUUUGUCUGCACGCAAGAUUCGUUCUCGCUUCCAGACACUUGUGGCUCAGGCAUGCGAUAAAUGCGCUUAUCGGGACAUCGUUAAGAUGAUCGCUGACACGACUGAAGUCAAACUUCGGAUCCGUGAGAGGAUUAUUGUGCAAAUAACACCAGCAUUCAAAUGUGCCGGUCUCUGGCCAAGAUCGGCAUCACAUUGGCCACUACCAGGAAUACCCUGGCCACAUCCUAACAUAGUAGCCGAAGUCAAAACCGAAGGCUUCGAUAUGCUCUCUAAGGAGUGCAUAGCCCUCCAAGGAAAAAAUUCUGCAAUGGAAGGAGAUGCGUGGGUGCUCUGUUUCACGGAUGCUGAAAAUCGACUGCUUCAAGGGAGCUGUAGGAGACGCUGCCUCAGUAUUUUAAAGACUCUCCGUGAUCGCCACUUAGAUCUCCCUGGUAAUCCAGUAACUUCUUAUCACAUGAAGACUCUUCUGCUAUACGAAUGCGAGAAACAUCCUAGGGAAAUGGAAUGGGAAGAAAAUGCCCUGGCGGAUAGAAUCAAUGGAAUCUUCCUGCAGUUAAUCUCCUGUCUUCAGUGCCGACGAUGCCCGCACUACUUCCUGCCCAACAUGGACUUGUUCAAAGGCAAAUCUCCGGGAGCCCUCGAGAAUGCCUCGAAGCAAGUUUGGCGCCUCACGAGAAUAAUGCUCACCAAUACUCGGUGUCUCGAGGAACUUUAAAUUAAAAAAACAAAAAGAAAAACAGUGACAGUGAUGAUAAUAAAAAUAUCGUGAAAAAUUAAAGUGUGAUUCAGUGAUAGGAAAGGAUAAGGAUGCACUGAAGAAGAAUACCUGGAGUAAGAAUUAGUCACUCGCUUUUCAUUGUGUUCUAAAGGAAAGAGGUGUGUGCAAAUAUGCAAAGAUAAAAAAAUGCUAAUUUUCCGUCGGUAUACCAAUAACAAUAUUCAUUUUUUAUAGAAGCCACAGUCACGAAACAUUCCAAUCGCAUUUUUUUCCAUCAAAGUGAGAGAAGAUUGAUAAUUUUCUACUCCUAAAGUAAAAUAUAAAUCAUCCAAAUGUGGUGAAAAAGUAGAAUUUCCUGAAUUUCCUUUUGAUUUAGUACUCGAGGAAUAUCCAUUAGCAAAAUCCUCGGUAAUAUUCCUUUGUCAAUAAAUAUAUAAAUCCAGUAAAAAUCAAAAUGAACCAAGACACGCAAGUUUUACGGACAUUAAAAAAAAAAGAAAA